AUGUCUCUCCGGACGCCUCUCCGCAGACUACACCUCUCCCGCACUUUACACAAGCCCCCAAUCGCUCGUCCACUCCCACUCCGCACCCUAACCACCUCCGCCCGACCCCGACUCACCUCCGCACCCGGACUCACCACCACACCAACACCAACAUCAACAAUCUCGCGAACCUACACGUUCACCUUCACCCGCAGCCCGAGAAACAACAAAUCCUCAUACUCAACAACAUCCUCAAAGCCCCCCGCCGACCAAAUCAUCGACGAACUCCAAGAACUCUACGAAGUCGCAAAAGACGAAUUCGAAAUCGCCACAGAAAGCACCGACUCAGCGACCAUCUACGCGGCGUCGGACCGGGAGUCGGCGAGGGAUGCUCUGAAUGAACUCAUUGCUGUGUAUACGGUGUACACGAGGGAUAUGUCGUUUGUGAGCCAUUCGCCGCAGGGACAGGUGGAUGUGGAUACGGGGUUGGAUCCGGGAAGUAUUGGGGAUGAGGUGCGGGAGCAGGUGAGGAGGAGGGUGGGGACGAGGGUUAGGGAGAUUGUGGGGGCUGUGGAGAGUUUGGAGGAGAGGGCUUCUGCUGAGUGA